AUGGGUAUGACGCGAUCAAAACGUUAUGCGAAUCAUAAAGGGGGGCGAAAAUGUGAAAUUGGAAAGGAUGGUCAAAAGGUGGAAAUGGAGAAGGGUCGGGGACAUGAGGGACAGGGAGAUAAAUUGAUUGCUAGUGUAAUAUUUAAAGAAACGUUGGAGAGGUGUAGGGGAAAUGAGGGGUAUAAAGUUUUGAAGGAUAGGUAUCAAAAGGAGUUGAGGGAUUGGAUACAGGUACAUGGUGAAGAAACGCCGGAAGACGACGUGCAGGAACAGAGCCGGGAAGGAAAGUAUAUUAAGCAGGAGGAAGUAGGGAACAUUUAUCGCAAACCGAGAAACAGGCCACAGAAUGUAACAAAAGAGAAGCGCAAGAUUGAGCAGGAAGGGAUCACAGAGGAGAGGUUUGGAAGCCAAGAAAGAAGCGAAAAACAAGUAAUCUUUGAUGUUUCUGUUAUUCUUCGUCUUGCUUGCAAAUGUCGUCCCAUCCACGUGCCUUAA